GGGGGGCAGCGACGCCCCUCGUCACAGAGACCGGGACCCCUAGGUUGCCCCCUUUUUCUGCUGCUCGGGUUCAUUAUGAGAAUGGCCCCAGGUGGCCUCCCUUGGGACUGGCAGCCGGUGAGCGCACGCGCACACAUGGGCGCUUCCUCUGACCGCAGUGCGCGGAUCGGUACGAGCGGGCGCAAAACUGUUUUCCCUGGACAGGGCCUCGCCCAGGGAGGCUUGGUGGGGUCUGUCUGGGGGCCCUGGGGACACUCGGGCAGAUAUCAGGGGGGCCCUUGCUGGGCCCCUCCUGCCCUGGCCUGAGCCCAGUGGGGCUGCGGCCUUCACCCUGGGCGACAAGGCCGUGCGUGAGGGCACUGCCUCCUCUCCGGGCUGGGCUGAGGCAGACGUGGCCCUCGGGUGCACCGGGGUUUCGAGCUGGAUGUCCGUGUCCUGGAAGACGGGUCCCUGCGGCUGUUCACCCUGAGGAGGGCCCCGGCACAGGAGGGUCAGAGGGUCAAGAGCAGAGGCACGCUCCUCUCCCUGCUUCCCACGGGCCCUGCCUCUCCCCCUGCGGGGGCACCAGGGAGAGGCUCUCCACCACCCCAGACAGAAGAGCUGUCUUCAUCUGAUGGCCCACCUCUGCUGGUUUGGGGUUUCCUGUCCUGACGCAGAGGCCGAGCCGCACCCCCCCCCCCCCCCCCCCCCCCCCCCGCACCGGGUCUGCCGCUGAGGUCCCGCAGGGGCGGAGCGCCUCGGGGUGAACGAGGGCAUGGAGGGCCUCGCUGCCUCAGGCCCUUCCCUCCCUGGGGUUUGGCUCCUGCCCUUGGGGCCGACAGUGCAAAUCACAGCCUUCCAGAGGCAGCCCAGCUCUGCCGGACUCUAUUUUAGACCUGGAGCCCCCCAUUCUCCGCAGGCUCCCCUCCCACCCCGCCUGGCCUGCCCCACUGGGCUGGAGCUGGGGGCUUGGGGUGCACCCUGCCGGGACGCCGAGCCUGCCCAGGCAGCUCCGGUUCCAACCACAACAUCCUUUGGGGUUUGGCCCUCAGAGCGGGGGCGGACGACUCCCAAACAGCCCUGGCAGAUCCCCCGUGUCCCGCCCACGACACGGUGGGCCCCCCUUCCCCCGCAGCACAACCUGGAUAUAAACCACGCUGGCGGCCGUGAGAGGCAGACCGACCAGCUGAGGUCCAGCAGCAGCCCCGGCAGCUGCGCACCGACACCCACAGACAGGACAGACCCGCCAUGAGACACGUGACAGUUCUCGCCCUGCUGGCCCUGGCCGCGCUCUGCCUGGCUGGCCCAGCAGGUGCAAAGCCCAGCGGUGUGGAGUCCCACAGAGGUGCAGCCUUCGUGUCCAGGCGGGAGGGCAGCGAGGUGGUGAGGAGGCCCCGACGCUACCUGGACUCCGGGCUGGGGGCCCCAGCCCCCUACCCGGAUCCCCUGGAGCCCAAGAGGGAAGUAUGUGAGCUCAACCCCAACUGCGACGAGCUGGCGGACCACAUCGGCUUCCAGGACGCCUACCGGCGCUUCUACGGCCCCGUCUAGAGCGGGCAGCCCCUCUGGCCCUGCUGACAGCGCCGCCCCCCGCCGCCGCUCCCCUCCCCUCCCCUUGCCCCCCCGCCCCGCAAGUGUGGGGUCCCCAUCACCCCAGCUGGUCCAGAAUAAAGGCCGGCAGAGGA